UUGUGUUGAUAUUAACUGUUUUCUCAGGGCGCGAAACAUGGGAGAGAGGCUGCGAUUGGCAAUUGGAGUGAUGGGAAAUGCUGCUUCUUUGUUGCUUUAUUCGACUCCCAUAUUGACUAUGUCAAGGAUCAUAAGGAAGAAAAAUACGGAGGAGUUUUCAUGUGUACCUUACAUCAGUGCACUGCUCAACUGUCUCCUGUAUACUUGGUAUGGAUUGCCUGUUGUAAGCUGCGGCUGGGAAAACUUCCCAGUGGUUUCCAUCAAUGGUCUAGGAAUUCUUCUCGAGUUCUCGUUCAUUCUCAUAUACUUCUGGUUUGCUUCACCUACAAGAAAGAUGAAGGUAAUUGCAAUUCUGAUACCUGUUAUCAUCUUGUUCUGCAUCACCGUGAGCAUCUCAACCUUUGUUUUCAAUGACCACCACCAUCGCAAGGUACUCGUUGGAAGUCUAGGGCUGGUAGCUUCUGUAACCAUGUAUGGUUCUCCACUAAUAGUAGUGAAGCAAGUGAUUGUAACAAAGAGUGUUGAAUUCAUGCCAUUCUACUUGUCUUUCUUCUCAUUCCUCUCUAGUUCACUUUGGAUGGCAUACGGUCUACUGGGUCAUGAUCUCUUUCUUGCGUCACCUAAUCUGGUUGGAAGCCCAUUAGGCAUAUUUCAACUACUGCUCUACUGCAAGUACAGGAAAAGGGUAAAGAAAGCUGUAGAAUCACCAAACAAAUGGGAUCUUGAAGAGAAUGAUGAAAAAUCUAAUGAAGUGCAGAUUGUGAUUGGUGAAAGUGCAAAUGGCAAAAGUUGAAGAACGUGUUAAAUAAAAUUAAUCCUCCAUCCCUUUCUGUCAUGUUUUGUCAAACAGUUUAGGUCUCUAAGCAUAAUAGCUAUAUAUCUGGACCAUGGACUCUAUGGAGGGCUGAAAAACUAGCCUGUCACCUCAUUAUUAUCAAUAACUAUCAGAGAAAACAGUGAAAGCAGCUAAAAUGUAACUAAAGAGCUCUUGUUGUAAUAUAAAUUUCUUAUAUGUAGUGAGCACAACUUCAAACGAUAGUGAGAAAAAUUUCUUUUAUCCCCUGAACAAACAAAAUUACUAAUUUCCAGAGAGUUGACAUUACCUCGGAAAUUGAAGAAUGAUAAAGAAAAAGAGCAGUCUCUAUGGCAGCAUCAACACUAAGAUUUUAUGGGAAGUCAAGAAGAGUACCUCAGCUCAAUUCUCCUGUGCAUGAAGAGUUAUCUUCGCAAUGAAUAUAUCCUGUGAACCUAUCCAGCCUUUA